AGCUUUUUCUAAUGUCAGUGAGAUGAGUGCAGCUUGGACAAACUCUGCCAAGAUGGAUAAAUAUUUCUGCAUUGCAAUCUUAUUCUCGUUUGCUGUUGCUAUCCAUGCAUCAUUAUUCGAUGGGUUAUUGGAUGGUUCAGGAGAGACCUGCACUGAGUCUGGUGAUUGCACACAAACGAAUGAAUUUUGCUUUGAAACGGAUAAUAACCAAUGCUGGUGUCCAGCUGGAUUUACAGGAGACGGCUGCACAGAACCUAACACUAAUUUCAUCGACGAUCGAUGCCAAAUACCAACGCAAUUAGACGAUACUUGUUUUACUAAGGAGGAAACUGAUUUCAACCGCUGCUUUGAUGGUUGUCCCGAUGGGACUAUAUGCUGUUCAACAGGAUGUGGGAUAGGCUGUGUAGAUCCUCCCGAUAAAACCUGCACAACAACGGCGAAUUGCCCGGAAAAUCAUAUGUGCGCCCAACAAGAGUCAGGGCCGCCCAAUGUUUGUAUUUGCCCACUUGGAUAUACUGGAGAUGAUUGUACGGAACGACAACAAGGUGGCUUCGACGACAGAUGCCCUCAUCCCGAUGAUCUGAUUGAUGUUUGUUUGGCUUCCCAAAUAGACUUCCAAUGUGAUGAAGGUAACCCAUGUCCGGAUGGGGAAAUAUGUUGCAUAGGAGCAAAUGGAUGUUCAACCCGCUGUAUUCCAAUAGGCUGUGAAAACCCCGUUGAUCGUAAAACAUGCACCGACCAGAACAAAAUCUGCGUUGAUGACGAUUCUACCACAGGUUUCAACUGUCGAUGUCCUUUUGGAUAUAGCGGAACCAUGUGCGCCACACCAUUUGCCGGUUUUGAUGCGGAAUGUCCAUUUCCCGAAGUUCCUGGAGAUACUUGUGAUGAGUUUGAAACCACCCCGACCUGUACGAAAGCUGACGAUUGUGAAGACGAUAAAGUAUGCUGUUCUACAGGUUGUGGAACGGCUUGUGUGGAUCUUUCAGAUCCAAAACCACCAGGAAAGAAGCCAAACCUCGCAUUAAUUGCACUACUUCUGUCCACACGCCGACAACGACCUCCUGUAAUUCCUGUAGCACCACCAGUGCCAAUUUAUCCAGUGGCCCCAAUUUAUCCAGUAGCCCCAAUUUAUCCAGUAUUACCAGUGACACCAGUUCGUUGCCCACCAAACCAAUGUGUUUGUUCUAAGAACCUCGGUGCAAUUUGUCAACGAAAUAUAGGAGGUUGCGGCGCCAUCUUCAUUGAUCAGCACACUAAAAAUAUCAUUACGCAAUAUUGCAAAUGCGACCCAGGUUAUCAGAUAUACAGCCCUUGCUCUAAAGAUAAAUGUUUCGACAUGAAUGGAAGACAAUUAGUGUGCCCAGGUCAUCCGAAUGCUAGAUGUCGCGUGACUCAGUGUGGAAGAUGCCAGGCAUAUUGGAUUGAUAUGUAUACAGGAAAACAAGUUACAUGCCAAAGAAUACAACCAGUAAACCCAGGUGCAACAUGUGGUCCCGGAGAGAUUCCGAUUCUUAGAUGUCCAGAUGUAUGUCAACAUACUAAGUGCCCGAAUUAUCCGUAUGCAACUUGUACGGUUCGAGCUUGUAAUGGGUGCACGGCAAGGUACACCUACCUGGGAAGAGAUGUCACGGCAGAUUGUCAUCAAGUCGUGGGAUAAGAAUGACUGUUAACACUCACACUGGACUGGAAAACAUUUUAAAACAAAAAAACUAUUUCGAGCUAAUAACUCUGAUUUAUUUAAAAACACACCAAAACUCAAACCCAGCACCUGACAAAUUUUCCUAUUUUCCUGGAAAAUUCAGUUUAGAUUUAUAAAAUGAAAAUCAGAAUAUUAAACCAGGGGGUUGAUGGUCGUCCCCACACCCUUUAAAAUGUGGUACUCCCGAAGUAUGUGAACCAACGUAGUAUGUGUACCAGGUUAGAGUUGUGACAUAAUUUUUUUAUUGUUAUUUCAGUUCUAUAACGCGUUCGGGGACUAGCCAAAUCACCCCAGUAGUAUUUGUAUCUGAAAUUACGGCUUAACCUGGUACCCAUACUAUGUUCCGAUGUCCGGCAUCUUGUUUCACAUAUUUCGGGAGUAACCCUAUCUUUCUGUAUCACACAAUAAAAUCUUUCGCAGUUUGAAACGGUUUUUAGACCCUCAAGUACCUUGUAAACACACAAGUCAAGAAUCUCGAAACACACACAGACCUGUUAGCUUUUGCGGUAAAACUUGGUCAUUAGGAAUUUCAAAAUACCAAUUCGAAAAUUACUGGCCACGCCCCUGUACACAAUAAACCUGAACCUACCCAUUUUUCUGGCUUUUUUUUUUAAAUCCAUUGGCAUGGUUCAUUCACACACAAAAGUGUUUGUUACCCACGAUGACCUAAAACUCCCCUGAGGUUUUUUAGAAUUUCUUUUUUGUGAUCUAUUCAUCGAGAUUGCACUAAAGAGUAAAUCGAGAUCAAUAACCCACGUGUGCGAUCUGAUGCUAAAAAUAGUCACACAUUUCCUCUCUUAUAAAUUGUGUAUAUAGUAAAGGGUUUACAUUGUAAUGUAUAUUGAUGAAACAUUUAGUAUUCAUAUAUAUUAUCUGACAUUUAAUGAAUGCUUUGUUGCUAAUUUGUCUUUCAGAUAAGUUGCUUUUUUGUUGUUUUUAUGGACUUCAACUGUUCAUGAAUAUUUUCUUAGGCUCAUUUACGCUCUUUAAUCGCAGACAGAAUAUUUUAAUAAAUACAUUGUUUGGUGAUG